AAAAAGGGGAAGGCUGGACUUGAAGUAAGUUGUUGACGUUGAACCGCCUUAAUAGUAAGCAGAGAGGUUUUUUUUCGCGUAGUUCGUCCAGAAUUCGUGAGAAUGGCUGGGAAUGUGAAAAGAUUUUACGAGCUGACAGCUAAGCUGCUGUCUGGAGAAGCCUUCGGUUUCUCGGCACUGAAGGGGAAAGUUGUCCUCAUUGAGAAUGUCGCGUCUCUUUGAGGAACAACAACCAGGGACUACACUCAGAUGAACGAGCUCCACAGUCGGUACUCCGCCCAGGGACUCGUUGUUCUGGGAGUGCCAUGUAAUCAGUUUGGACAUCAGGAAAACUGCAAGAAUGAUGAAAUCCUGAAGUCCCUGAAAUAUAUUCGUCCAGGGAAUGGUUUUGAACCAAAGUUUCAGCUCCUUGAGAAGGUGGAUGUGAAUGGAAAUGAUGCACACCCCUUGUUUGUUUAUCUGAAGGAAAAACUUCCAUUCCCUUGCGAUGAUGCCAUGACUCUCAUGACUGACCCAAAGUUUAUCAUCUGGAGUCCCGUCAGGAGGAACGAUGUUUCCUGGAACUUUGAGAAGUUCCUGAUUAGUUCUGAUGGUGAGCCAUACAAGCGUUACAGCAGGAAUUUCCUCACCAUUGACAUUGAGGCAGAUAUUAAAGAACUGCUAAAGAGGGUCAAGUAAAGUAUGCUAUGACACAGUCUGGGUGGCUCUUAAGGAUAUCAGUUGUGACCAGCCUGGCCAAAGAGAUUAAUCAGCACCCAUCUGUUGUAACCUUCACAGUUUAAGUAUCUUAUGUUUGUGAUAUUUCAGGGCAGUACACUGUGGUUGUUCAGCCUGUUUACCCAAUGAAGACACUCUUUGAAACCUUUUUGUGAGGGGAGUUUCUGAUAAAUAUGUAAAAGACUGAUUCUGCCACUGUGUAUAAUGCAUCACAAAUAUCUUCUCUGGUAGACAUAAGGAGAAAUAAACAUUUAAUGUCA